CAGAAAUUCUUCAAGAUCUAUAUCAUGUGUUGAUGAUAUAGAAAGUGUAAGUGGUGUAGCUAAACAGGAAAAGGAAGAGAGAGUGGUUCAAUGGAUAGAGACCGGAAGAAAGUGAAAAUGGAGAAGGAAGACGAAGAAGAAAAGAUGGAAAAGCUGUACACAUUUCUUAAAAACGCAAAAGAAAUGCGGAAAUACGUGAUCAGCUCCAUUGAGAAGACGAGACAGGAAGAAGAAAGAGCGAGGGUUUGUAGAUUCCCUUCGUUUCAGCCUGAGGAUUUCGUUUUCAUGAAUGGAGCAGAGGCCAACAACAAAGAAAAAGCAGUUGAUACGAGCUCUUCAGCAUCCAACGAAUACGGCUCUAAGGAAAAGCAAGACGGAUCAGAGACUGACGUUUGUUUAGACUUGAAUCUUUCUCUGUAGUACACAAGAGACAGAGAUCUCUUCAGUUUCUGUACAAGCAACAAAGAAUGCUAAAUAACUAUUAUGUACUAAAAACAAAUUUGCCAUUGGAUUCUAGUUUGGCUUAGAGAUUA